AUGACGAGCGCGCUCGUAUACAUCCGCGAUAAUGGGAACAGGCUAAUUAAGUGUCGGGCGCUGUUGGAUACGGGCGCUACGGCGAAUUUUAUAUCUGAGUCAAUUGCGAAACAUCUAAACGUGGAUACACAUUCUUUACCGAUUAAUGCAAUUAAUGGGACGAGUACCGAGUCGAAAGGCAUAGCUCAGGUGAAAGUACGUUCUAUUUACGAUAAUUUCUGCAAAGAUUUGACAUGCUUGACAGUUCCGGCGAUAGCGGAUUUAGUUCCCUCUGAAGUUUUUCCACGCGACUCGAUCAAAAUUCCACCGAACGUCAGUUUAGCGGAUCCGGAAUUCCAUUUACCACGUCCCAUCGAUAUAUUAAUAGGUUCGGUAGCGACAGUAUCGAUGUUCAUGGUCGGUCAAAUCGAUCUCUCACGAAAAGGUUACGAGUUGUACUUACAAAAAACACGAUUAGGAUGGGUCGUUGCCGGGGGCGCGUCCUCGCGUGGUCCAUCGAGAGUCUCGACGUACCAUACAACGAGUCUAGAAGAGUUAAUGCUCAAAUUCUGGACGAUUGAAGAAGUCACGACGGAUAAAUUAUUAUCGGAAGAAGAGCGUGAAUGCGAAACGUAUUUUCUAAAAACGGUCUCACGCGGUGAUGACGGUCGCUAUACGGUUCGCCUACCGUUCCGUAAUACAAAAAAUCAUUUAGGCGAAUCACGCAGCAUCGCGCUUAAGCGCUUAUUAUCCUUGGAACGUAGAUUAAACACGAACGCGACAUUAAAGAUAGAAUAUGAUCGGGUGUUAGAUGAAUAUUUAAAAUUAAAUCAUAUGUCCGUGAUAAAGGAUCAAGGGGGAGAAGGUUACUAUCUGCCGCAUCAUGCGGUAAUUAAAGAAGCGAGUGACACUACGAAAACGCGAAUUGUGUUUGACGCUUCGGCAAAAACAAGCAACGGGACAUCUUUGAACGAUUUAUUAAUGACAGGCCCCACGAUUCAACCCGGCUUGAUCGCGCACUUAAUUCGGUUUCGUACGUACAAUUACGUCGUCACGGCGGACAUUGAAAAAAUGUACCGACAAGUGACAUUACACGAGGAUGAUCGACAAUAUCAAAAAAUCCUGUGGCGUCGCGACGGUAAAGUAGAGACGCUUCAGUUAAAUACGCUCACUUUCGGCGUUUCUUCCUCGCCAUUUUUAGCGAUCCGAACUGUUCAAAAACUCGCGGAAGAUGAACUGCUUACUUUUCCGAGGGCAGCCAGAAUUAUUAAAUCACAUAUGUAUGUGGAUGACUUGCUAACCGGGGCGGAAACAAUCGAUGAAGUCCGAGCCAUCAGAAACGAAGUAAUCGCUUUAUUAGCUCGGGGCGGAUUCGCCAUUCGGCAAUGGGCGUCUAAUGAUGAACGCAUCGUGAAUGAUUUGAUGGCCAGCGCGUUGCGCACUAAUUUCGUAUUGAAUUUAGAUCAAACAUUAAAAACGCUCGGGAUCACGUGGAGCACCCGAGAUGACCAAAUAUGUUAUUCGACUAAUCCAAUUAGAAGUUCUGAAAAAUUGACAAAAAGAAUUAUUUUAUCAGAAAUUGCCAAAAUUUUUGAUCCUCUCGGCUUGCUAGGACCGAUAAUAAUGUACGCGAAAAAAUUAAUACGAAACGUAUGGCGGUGUACAUUACACUGGGAUGAAUCAAUCCCACAGAAUAUACAUACGGCUUGGUCAACAUUUACAAAACAGUGGGAAACAAUGAACACGAUUUACUUCGAUCGCAAAUUACUCGUAGGAAAUUGCAACAACAUCCAGAUUCACGGUUUUUGCGAUGCAAGUAAUAUAGGUUACGGAGCAUGCAUAUACGUGCGCUCGCGCGGGGGGAAAGGCGAGACGCGGGUUAGAUUAUUGUGUGCUAAAUCGCGAGUCGCUCCAUUGAAGACCGUCUCUACGCCGCGGCUCGAGUUAUGCGGCGCGUUGUUAUUGGCGCAAUUGUAUCGCGAAACCAGCAAUGCAUUAGAUCGGGUCGUUCAGCGGAGCGUUUUCUGGUGUGACUCAACCGUUGUCUUACAUUGGCUAAAGACGCCCGCGCACCUAUUAAAAACAUAUGUAGCAAAUCGCGUCGUAAGCAUCCAAGAAAUCACAGGUUCGAAGGAAUGGCGACACGUUAGAUCGGAAGAUAAUCCCGCGGAUGCGAUCUCGAGAGGGCAAUUACCUCUCGACUUCUCGCGGAAUCGAAUGUGGUUCACCGGACCCUCGUGGUUAACGAAUGAUGAAUCUGAAUGGCCGAAUGAGAGUGUACAUAUGAAGGAGAUCCCUGAACUAAAAAGAAACACAUGCUUAACAACUAUAAAUAAAAAUCUUGAUAUCUUCGACAAAUUCUCUUCCUAUUCCAAAUUACUGCGAGUCAUUGCUUAUUGUCUUCGCGUUCGGCAUCGUAAUAAAUAUUGUGGACCAUUAGAUACGAAAGAAAUCAACGAAGCUGAAAUCCGAGUUUUAAAAUUAUUGCAGGAUAACCAAUUUAGUGGGGAAAUCAAAAUAUUGAAUAAAGCCUCGAACAUCAAAGGUAAAUUUGCAAACUUAAAUCCAUUUUUAGACGAAAACGAAUUGAUACGAGUUGGGGGUCGCCUUCAGAUGUCAAAACUCACGUCCGCGCAAAAACAUCCAAUAUUGCUUCCCAGUAGGCACCAUGUAACGGAUUGUAUUAUCCGCGAGACGCACGAAAAACAUCAUCAUGCGGGCAUACAGACCACUCUAUAUAUUGUGCGUCAAAAAUUUUGGUUACCGGACGGCCGCAACCAAGUACGAAAAAUCAUCCGAUCAUGUACGCGUUGCGUCCGUUUCGCAGCAAAGACAAUCGAGUAUAAAAUGGGUAAUCUUCCGGCGUCUAGAGUCCGCGCGGCUAUACCGUUCACACAAACCGGGGUAGACUUUUGCGGCCCAUUUUACAUUAAAGAAAGGAAGUUCCGCAAUCGAACGCGAAUUAAAGUUUAUGUAUGCGUAUUCGUGUGCAUGUCUAUAAAAGCAAUACAUUUGGAAGUCGUAAGUGACUUAACCUCUGAGGGAUUCCUAGCUGCAUUGCGUAGGUUCGCGGCCAGGCGUGGUGUGCCGGAGCACAUCUAUUCUGAUAACGGCACCAACUUUAUAGGUGCCAAUAAUGAUCUUAAGGAACUGUACGCGUUAUUCAAUUCCGAAGAGCAUAAAACUCUUGUAAAUCGAUUCGCAAUCGAGCAUCGAAUAACGUGGCAUUUUAUUCCGCCAGUGACGCCUCAUUUCGGCGGGUUAUGGGAGUCAUCCGUAAAAUUGUUUAAACAUCAUUUCAAGCGAGUGGUGGGAGACUCUCUAUUCACAUUCGAACAACUAAAUACGUUCACUACCGAAAUCGAGGGUGUCUUGAAUUCACGACCUAUUACUUCAAUCUCUUCGGAUCCGAAUGACUUGCUGGCAUUAUCUCCGGCGCAUUAUUUAAUCGGCAAGCCUAUAACGUCCCUGCCGGAGGGCAAUCUGUUAUCGAUUCCAGACAAUCGUCUCUCCACAUGGCAACACAUAUUAAAGGUUCGGCAGGACUUCUGGGCGCGAUGGAGCCUGGAGUAUUUAAACGAGCUUCAAAAACGUGCCAAAUGGAACAAAGAUGGGUCAACGCUCAACAACGGAGAUGUCGUACUCAUUAAAGAGAAGAAUCUACCAUGUACUCAAUGGGCGCUGGGCCGGAUUUUGGCGCAACACCCAGGCAAAGACGGGGUGACACGCGUAGCCACCAUCAAGACGGCGACCGGAGAGAUCAAGAGAUCUACGACAUUGCUAUGUCCACUCCCAGUUGAAAGAUAA